AUGUAAAAGUACGAAGUUCUUGGCAUCAUAGGCAAGGGUUCUUAUGGUGUAGUACUCAAAGGGCAAAACAAGGAGACAGGAGAAAUCGUAGCCAUCAAAUAGUAUAUUGGAUCUGAAGAAGAUGAAAGCAUUAAAAAAACAAUCCUGAGGGAAGUUAAACUUUUGAAGAUGUUAAAUCACGACAAUAUCGUUAAAAUCAAAGAGGCAUUUAGAAGAAAAGGCAAACUUUAUGUAGUAUUAGAGUAUGUCGAAAAAAACUUAUUAGAAUUACUUGAAGAAAAACCAAAUGGCUUAGAUCCUGAAUUGACAAGAAGAUUUAUUUAUUAAUUAUGUUUAGCUAUUGCUUACUGUCAUUCUCUUGAAAUAUUACAUAGAGACAUCAAACCUGAAAACCUUUUGGUAAGCGACUAGAUGGUGUUGAAGGUUUGUGAUUUUGGUUUUGCAAGACUCAUUCCACAAAAAUAAGGAUAGUUGACUGAUUAUGUUGCUACUAGAUGGUAUAGGGCACCAGAUUUGUUAUUGGGAGAUGAAUACGGAAAGGGAGUGGAUAUUUGGGCUAUUGGAUGCAUAAUGGCUGAAUUGACUGAUGGGUAACCCUUAUUUCAAGGCUAAACUGAAAUGGAUCAAUUAUAUUUGAUUUGUAAAUUGCUGGGUCCUUUGACUAGCGAGUAAAAGGAAGCUUUCCUUAAGAAUCCUCGCUACGUGGGUAUGAAAUUUCAUGAAAUCACCAAACCAGACACAAUUGAAAAGAAGUUUUAAUCCAAACUCUCUUUAAAAGCCAUUUCUUUUAUUAAAGGCUUAUUGAAAAUGGAUCCUAGUAAGAGGAUGACAGCAUUCGAGGCUUUAGAACAUCCCUACUUUGAUGGCAUUAGGGAUGAUUAAUAUUAUUAGUUUUUAAAAGAAUUAAGAGACAAGGAACAAAUUCCCAAAGAUAGAAUUCAAUCUGCAAAUAAAUUAGCUGCCAAACAGAAUUAAUAAAUCAAUCAAUAACAAUAAUUAUAGUUGCAAUAACAACAAUAGUAAUAAGUAUUAUCAUAACAAAAAGACAAUUUAGCAAGCAAUAAAAGAGCAGAAAAAUCAAAUGAAAGAAAAACAUAAUAAAAAGGAAAUAAUAACGUUUCUGUAGAGAGAGUCAAUAACUUUGUUAAGCCUGCACCCAUAAAAACAGGAGAAAAAAAUACACCUUCUUAGGAAUCUAAAUCAAUGCCCAAGAAAGAUGUAAAUUCACAAUUAGGAUUCUUGUAAAAGAAUGUGAUCAUUGGAUAUUAAGAAGGUUAAUUUGAUAACUUUCUUUAAAAUAAGAUGGCCUAAAAUUACAAUUAUGAAAUACCUGAAAAUGAUUUAAACAAUUCAAUUGAAGGGGAUAAGAAAUCUAUGAAUCUCAGAGUCAGAGCAAAGAAAAAAUCAUUCAAUCCUGACCUUAAUGAAGAUGAUUAAAACACAGUUAUAAAAUUAAAACGUAAAGAAUAAUAACAAUAAUAAUAAUUAUUUUAACAACAAAUCCCAGUUUAUUAAGUUAAAAAGAAAUCUACUUAGCUUAGAUAAAACUUUUAUCCUACUGAUGAAUAUUCAGGAGAUGAAUAAGAGGUUUACUAAUCAAAAGAAAUUCUCAAUAUGCAAAAGGGAUAAAAACAACAAUUGUAAUAGCAAUACAACUAUAAUAUUGGAGAAUGUAGGAAUACUUUGGAAGAUUAGGAUAGGAAUUUAAAUAUUGUGUAUAACAACAUAACUUAUAAUUAUAAUAUCAACAAUUCUCCUGGAUGGAUUAAUAAAAAAAGAAAUUGA